UUUGAGUUGGAAUGCUGUACUGUUCUAGCAGGCUCGCGUGUCAUGUGUCAUGUAUCAUAACAAGCUGUAUUUAACUAGGUAGCUAAGAAUGUCCGGCUAUUAUUAAUUGGGCAUCGUAAGAACAAACACCUAGCAAGCUGAUGCCUUGAGAGACUUUGUAAGGAAUUAGCUAGCGAGUCAGCUAGCUGCCUUGUGACAGCACGGCGUUCAUGUCAACAGAGAGCUCGGAUUUAGCUAACUAGCUUGCCAGCCAGUUUUAUGUUCUCAUUCAGACUGAGCAGUGUUGGAAGUUGAUACGUCGCUAGCAAGCUAGGGUGCAAAUGAUCGGCCACUGUCUUUGUCGUUUGUAAGAUAGUGUUAUUCCUACUGUCACAGUUAGCGACCAAGCUAGCUGGCGUGCCAAUUCUGUAAUUAGUAGAUCCAUUUUGCUAACACUCUUUUAUAAGUAGUUCGUGAGCUUUGCUUCUUUAUUGGCUUUAUUUUAUGUAAAUUAAUCAUGGACAUCAGCACAGUUUUGGGAUGUGUUUUUGGUUGUUUUUUGGGAGGGGUGGUGUUUGCAGCUUAUAAACUGGGUAUAUUAUACCAGCUGAUUCACAAGACGGAGACUAAGAGCCCGCGUCAUGGUGGGGAGAGUGUGGCAGAGGUGCUGCGGGCCCACGGGGUGAAAUUCCUCUUCACACUUGUCGGGGGCCACAUCUCACCCAUCCUUGUCGCUUGUGAGAAGCUGGGUAUCCGCAUCGUAGACACUAGACACGAAGCCACCGCUGUCUUCGCAGCCGAUGCAGUUGCCAGGCUCUCUGGCACUAUUGGUGUGGCUGCAGUCACAGCCGGGCCUGGUUUAACCAACACAGUCACAGCAGUGAAGAAUGCACAGAUGGCAGAGUCUCCUUUGCUUUUGAUAGGGGGAGCAGCUGCUACACUCUUGCAGGGUCGAGGUGCUCUUCAGGAUAUUGACCAGAUGUCCCUUUUUAAGCCACUGUGCAAGUUCUGUGCCUCUGUGCGGACAGUGCGUGAGAUUGUGCCCGUGGUGAGAAAGGCCAUAGCAAUUGCACAGUCUGGGACCCCAGGUCCUGUGUUUGUGGAAUUCCCCAUCGACACACUAUACCCCUACCAUCUGGUGGAGAAAGAGUUUGGUGUCAAAAACCCUCCCAAAGGAUUAAUGGGAAAAAUUGUCACCUGGUACCUGCACAAUCACUUAAAGAACCUGUUUGCUGGAGCCUGGGAACCAAGGGACGUCUCCCCACAGCCCGUGCACAUACCGCAGGCUACAGAUGCACAGGUACAGCAAUGCGUGGAACUAGUGAGCAGAGCCAAAAAGCCAGUCAUUUUACUUGGCAGCCAGGCAACAUUACCUCCAACACCUGUGGAUGAAAUCAGGAAGGCGCUGGAGUCUUUGGGUAUUCCCUGCUUCCUUGGUGGUAUGGCCAGGGGCAUGCUGGGGCGCGACAGCCCUCUACACAUCCGGCAGAACAGACGAGAUGCCCUGAAGGAGGCUGAUUUGGUGCUGCUGGCCGGCACAGUGUGUGACUUCCGUCUGAGCUACGGGAGAGUCCUGAACCGGCGCAGCAAGAUUAUCGCUGUCAACCGUGACAAGACCCAACUUCUGAAGAACUCUGACAUGUUCUGGAAGCCGACUGUUGCCAUCCAGGGAGAUGCUGGAUCCUUCUUGUUGCGCCUCUCCAAGGGUCUCACAGGCCACCGAUGUCCAGCAGAUUGGCCUCAGAGUCUGAAGGAUGGGGAUAUCACCAAAGAGAAUGCAAACAGAGAGAAGGCAGCAGAGAAGACAGAGCGACACCUCAAUCCACUGAAUGUGCUUCACCGUGUGGAUGUGUUGAUGGCUGAAGACAGUAUCAUUGUGGCAGAUGGUGGAGACUUUGUGGGCAGCGCCGCCUAUAUUAUGAGGCCCAGAGGCCCUCUGCGCUGGCUGGAUCCAGGUGCCUUUGGGACUCUGGGUGUUGGAGGAGGAUUUGCACUUGGAGCGAAACUCUGUCGGCCUGAAUCAGAGGUGUGGAUUAUCUAUGGAGAUGGGUCACUGGGGUACAGUGUGGCUGAAUUUGAUACCUUCACUCGGCACAAGACCCCUGUCAUCGCUCUGGUGGGGAAUGAUGCCUGCUGGAGUCAGAUCUCCAGGGAACAGGUGCCCAUCCUGGGCAGCAACGUGGCCUGUGGGCUGUCCUUUACAGAUUACCAUGUUGUGGCUGAUGGUUAUGGAGGCAAGGGCUACCUGAUCAGGCGAGAGGAUGAGGACAGAUUGGAUGACAUCAUCUGUAAAGCCCAGCAGGAGAGCCGCGAAGGCCGGGCGACAUUGCUCAAUGUCCUCAUUGGGAAAACCAACUUCAGAGAGGGUUCCAUCUCGGUGUAAAGCUCCCCAGUCUGUUCUGGUAGCCUCUGAGAGCUUUUGUGGUUAACCUUCCUACCUUGAAAUCCAAAAUUUAUGAAGUGCAGUGGUAUACAGGAUACGGUAGAAAGCUUCUUGACAUUCCUCACAAUACACUGCUUUUAAGUGAAAAACAGGAAGUCUCCUCCAUAUUGGCUGGUAUUGUCCACUGAAUGAUGCAUCAUGAGGCCUGAUUUUUAAUUCAUUAUUUUGCUAGUGUGUGGUUCAGUUUUGAUGAAUGGGUUUCCACAGAAUUUUAAAAUGGCCAGUCAAGGUACUAUAUCUUGGUAAACACUGCACACUGAAAAAAAGAUUGCAAAGUCUAUAUCUUAAGAAAGACAUUUAUGUUGCCUGAAAAUUGAAAUAUUAAAUUCACUCAUUUUUACACCACUCAGUUGUUCAUGCUUUGCCUAAUUAGGUGGUUGAACAGUUUUCCAAGAAUUUCCAUGUUGGCAAGCAAAUGAAUGAUGUAAAAGUAAACAGGGUACUAGUCUGUAGGCAGUAGUGCUUCUUCACAGCAUAUUCAAAUAUCGUAGAAAAGCUGCUGGUGAAAGACUUCUCUGCUUUGUCAUUUGACUUGAGAAAACUAAACAGGUUUUUGUUGUCUGUUGAGCUUGAAGAUAGUAUGCCUGUAUUUGAUGAAUGUAGAACUCCACCAGUGUGUAAUCAAACUGACUUAUGACACAGAAUAUAUUCAUAUUACCAGGAUUUAAUCUUAAAUUUGCUGUUUACAAACAAGAGACGCAUAUUAACUGAAGCACUGCCUGAGUUUAAAUUGCACUGACAACCUGUUGUUUUACAUCAUCAUCUGGAUUUUUUUAUGCCUAUGUAUAAGCAGGUUAAGUCCAGUUUUAUGUUGUGUGAAUUGGGAAAUAAUGCCUUUUAUUUUUGGUUGCCUAUUAUAUCCAAUUUAUUUCAUGGAACAUUAUAUUUUGAAUCAAUUAAAGGGAGCACUGUGGUACAAAUCAAAAGUAGCUAUAACACCAUUGAUUUAUUCUCAUUUUGAUUUUUUGUGGGAAAAGUUUGUGUUUUAUUUUAAUGGGACAUUCCGUUGUACAACAAAUGCUAAUAGAAGCUCCUAUAUUAUUAUGUGAUUUUUAUAACAGAUUGCAGACACCUUUAUGCCUCUCCAUGUAUCAGGAGAUUGAAGGGAAUAAUGACUUUGUGAAGGAUUGUAUUGUUUGGGAUAGGUGACAUUGCUUGGUUGCUGAAAUAAAG